AUGUCGGACUCAAAUCCUUUUACCCAAGGCCAGGACUCGCCUGCCCAAGGUCGCCGUAGGGCACCCACCAUCACCAUAGACACAUCAGCAGUGCGUAGACCCUCGCUUCGCCAGGACAUAGCUAUGGACACUCUUUCUGACAACAGCUUUGCUGUGCAGGGCAACGAUCAACCCUCAACAGGGCUGCACCCCUACCAAACUUCGCCCACCGAACUGCGCCCAUCCAAUUCCUUUGAUAACGAGAACAGUCGACCAACCUCUCCUCACAAUGUCUCAUCACCAACCUUCAACAACCCUCAGAACUUCCUCUCAGUCCCUCCUGCACGCUCACGUGCCGGUUCCUUCGACACUCUUGGUGCCGAGUCAACAUCGACCGGAACAUACGUCAACUCGUCACCGGAGCACGGCAUGCCCAAGGCUUUUGGCCCACAAGACAGUCAUGGCGGUCCCGAAGUCCUCAGCGCAACCGAAGCAUUACAUCCCGACCCUGGUACCGAGGGCGACUUCACACGAGAGAACAACCCUUUCGCUUUCACCCCUGGCCAGAUGGGCAAGAUGUUCAACCCCAAGAGUCUGGGUGCAUUCCAUGCCCUAGGAGGUCUUUCGGGUAUUGAAAAGGGUCUCAGAUCUGAUCGCAAGACUGGUCUGAGCUUGGAGGAACAACACCUUGAUGGUCAGAUUUCCUUUGAAGAGGCAACUGACCACGAGAACCCCAACGCACAACAUGUCUCGAAUGGCGGCAACAGCACUGCUUCUGCCAGCGGCCCCUUCUCUGACCGUGUGCGCAUCUUUGGCGACAAUCGACUCCCCGAGAAGAAGGCAAAACCGCUAUGGCGUCUUGCUUGGGAAGCCUACAAAGACAAAAUCCUCCUUUUGCUUACUGGUGCUGCUGUUAUCUCGCUCGCCCUUGGUCUAUACCAAACCUUCGGCACCCCUGCAAAGCCUGGAGAACCCCACGUCGAAUGGGUGGAAGGUGUCGCCAUUGUCGUGGCUAUCGUCAUUGUCGUCGGAGUUGGCGCUCUCAACGACUGGCAGAAAGAGCGACAAUUCGUGAAACUCAACAAGAAGAAGGACAACCGCGUCGUCAAGGUUAUACGCUCUGGAAAGACCCUGGAAAUCUCCGUUCACGACGUCCUAGCUGGUGACGUUCUGCUACUUGAACCUGGUGACAUGGUCCCGGUCGAUGGUGUUCUCAUUGAAGGUCACGGCAUCAAGUGCGAUGAAUCUUCCGCAACUGGUGAAUCUGACAUCAUCAAGAAGACUGCUUCUGAGGAGGUCUGGCGUGCCAUGGAGGCUCAUGAGCCACUUAAGAAAAUGGAUCCUUUCAUUCUGUCCGGCGCGAAGGUCACCGAGGGUGUGGGCAAAUUCCUUGUUGUCGCUACCGGUGUCAACUCGAGCUACGGCAAGACCAUGAUGUCCCUUCGCGAGGACAGCGAAGUCACUCCGUUGCAGUCAAAGCUGAACACCUUGGCUGAAUACAUUGCAAAACUUGGUGGAGCUGCUGCAUUGCUGCUGUUCGUCGUACUCUUCAUCAAGUUCUGUGCAAAGCUCCCUGGAGACAAUAGGAGUCCCUCCGACAAAGCACAAAACUUCCUCAACAUUUUGAUCGUUGCUGUCACCAUCGUUGUCGUUGCAGUACCUGAAGGUCUGCCCCUAGCUGUCACGCUCGCCCUAGCUUUCGCUACUAAGCGCAUGACCAAAGACAACAACCUUGUCCGUGUGCUUAGAUCUUGUGAGACUAUGGGAAAUGCGACCACAGUUUGCUCUGACAAGACUGGAACUCUCACACAGAACGUCAUGACCGUCGUAGCUGGAUCUGUUGGAACAACAUCACGCUUCAGCAGCAAGGCUAGCAAGGACCAAGACGCUCAAGGAGUUAAUGUCGAUAGCGUGGACACUAACGAAUUUGUUGGCGCUCUGGGUGAUAAUGUCAAGACUCUCAUGAAGGACUCGAUUGCGUUGAACUCUACUGCCUUUGAAGGUGAAGAGAACGGUAAGCCCACUUUCAUCGGCUCGAAGACAGAGACGGCUCUUUUGUCUUUCGCUCGCGACUUCCUGGGCAUGGGCUCCAUUAGCACCGAGCGCUCAAACGCCGAGCUCGUUCAAUUCAUGCCCUUCGAUUCCGGCCGCAAAUGCAUGGGUGUCGUUCAGAAGAUUGGCAACAAAUACAGACUUUAUGUCAAGGGUGCUUCGGAGAUCAUGCUGAGACAUGCUACGAUGAUCAUCAGAGACCCUAGCAAAGGUACUGAUGGUGUAUCCAUCUCCAACGACAACGUUGCAACCCUCAACAAGCUCAUCGAGACUUACGCAUCCAACUCUCUCCGUACUAUCGGCUUCCUCUACCGCGAUUUUGAACAGUGGCCUCCUAAGAAUGCCCGCAGAUCCGAAGACGACAAGACACAAGCCAUCUUUGAAGACGUUCUGAAAGACAUGACCUUCCUCGGUGUCAUUGGUAUCCAGGAUCCUCUGCGUGCUGGUGUUACAGAUGCUGUCAUGGACUGCCUUACUGCUGGCGUCUUCCCUCGUAUGGUUACUGGAGACAACAUCAUGACCGCAAAGGCCAUCGCCACCGAGUGCGGUAUCUUCACUCCUGGAGGUGUCGCUCUCGAAGGACCUGUCUUCAGAAAGAUGUCCAAGCAAGAGCAACUGGCCGUCAUUCCUAAGCUCCAGGUCUUGGCAAGAUCUUCUCCUGACGACAAGCGCGUUUUGGUGAAGCGUCUAAAAGAGAUGGGUGAGACUGUUGCCGUCACUGGUGAUGGUACCAAUGAUGCUCCUGCUCUCAAAGCUGCUGAUGUCGGUUUCUCCAUGGGUAUUGCCGGUACCGAGGUCGCGAAAGAGGCCUCGGACAUCAUUCUCAUGGACGACAACUUUGCAUCCAUCAUCAAGGCUCUCAUGUGGGGUCGUGCUGUCAACGACGCUGUUCAGAAGUUCUUGCAGUUCCAGAUCACUGUCAACAUUACAGCUGUAUUGUUGGCCUUUGUGUCAGCUGUGGCCAGUGACGAUGAAGAAUCUGUCCUCACUGCAGUUCAGCUUCUCUGGGUCAACCUCAUCAUGGAUACAUUCGCUGCCCUGGCUCUUGCUACUGAUCCUCCUACUCGUAACAUCAUCGACCGCAAGCCCGCUCCCAAGUCCGCGCCACUCAUUACAGUGAACAUGUGGAAGAUGAUCAUUGGUCAAGCCAUUUACCAGCUCAUCAUUACUUACGUUCUGUACUUCGGUCAGAAGCGGGGUGGCAAUAGUUUGCUGAGCUACGCCAACGACAAGGAACGUGAACGACUCAACGCAAUGGUCUUCAACUGCUUCGUCUGGAUGCAAGUCUUCAACAUGUUCAACAACAGACGCCUUGACAACAAGUUCAACAUCUUCGAAGGUGUUCAACGAAACAGCUUCUUCAUCUGUAUUGCGCUUAUUAUGAUCGGCGGACAGGUGAUGAUCAUGUUCGUUGGUGGUCGUGCCUUCAGCGUUGAGAGACUUACAGGAGAACAAUGGGCUUACUCAGUCGGCCUUGGUGCCAUUUCCAUUCCAGUUGGUGUCAUCAUCCGUCUGAUUCCCGACGAGCUUGUUGCACGCCUGGUACCGUCUUGGCUCAAGCGCAAGGCUGCGCCUAAGCUUGUCGUAGAAGACGAGGAGCGACCAUUCGAGUACAGCCAAGCUCUCCUUGACAUCCGUGAUGAACUCGCAUUCAUCAAGAGAAUCAAGGGCGGUCGUCUCAACCAAAUCAAGUUCACCCUCAAGCAUCCUCGUGAAGCUCUUCUUCAUUCUCGCUCGGCAUCCAGAUCGCGUAGUAGCAUGUCUCUGCCGCAAACACCCAACGGCGAACAUAGCGAGGGAGAAGCUCAAUCGCUUGCACCUCCUACACCAGACUCUCGCCGUCGCUCGCGUGGACGCUCAAGAUCCAACUCAGCGUUCGCCGGCGCUGCCAUGGCUGGUAUUGUCGCGGGCAGCAUUGGUGCAGCAUGGUCUCCGAUAGAACGUGGUCCUGGUGAUGCCGACAGCAUGAAGUUUUCGCGUGCCAGAUCGCGAAGCGACUUGAGCCGUGAGAGUGGGCUCGAUAUCCACCCUGAUACCAAGUCCCAGGACCCUGUGGUAGUUCAGCAGCAGAUGGAUGGUCAUCACCCACCAAGUCAGUCCAAUGACACGACUCCUGCCUUUGGAUCGGGACCCUUUGCAGGUCACCCUGAUUUCAAGGUUGAUGGCAGCACCAAGCAGUAG